AUGUGUGCUAACUUUAAUAACAAUAGUCGUUUUGAACAAUUUUUAAAGCCUGAUGCAUUUUAUAACGAAGCACCACCUCAAGAUGGACCGAACAUACAGAUGGCAGCUUACGAGAAACAUCGCAUCCUGAAAGAAGUUAGAAUACCCAUUACUCUAUCUGGUAAUCGUUUAUACUGUGUAGGUAUAAACCCAUACAGUAAAUUUUCAAUAACCGUAAGAAUAUGUAAAGUUGACAAGGAAUAUCAGGGACUUAUUUUCACGGAAAAAGACUUUGAUGAAGUUAUGAUGUGCAUACCGAAGAUUCUGGAUAAAGACAAUAAAAGUGAAGAAUGGCAUCUGCAAAACUUUUUAAUAACAAUCGUACCUUUUAUUACAUCGAUGGUGAAGAUAAUGAAUAAAAAAACAGGGGCAUAUGAUAUAUUUAAAAAAGAUACAUUAAAUAACUUACUUAACUUAAAACCAUUCCAUUGUAACCUAGUUGAGGAUUAUAAAGAACUAUGUGUAGCCGACGAAUUUAAAGCUAUUUUAGAAGACGUAAUUGUUGGAAUUCUACAUAAUGAUAACAAUAGUAAUAAUAGAGUCGGUAUCACUUUUUUCAACGCCGAUUUUCCCGAUAGGCCGUUACCCAUGUCGUUUAGGAGGAGAGAUCAGAUAUCUGCAGAUGCUAUAUUGAAUACUUUGGGCAAAGUUUUGCAGAGUAAUGCAAGCUUCUUUACUAAUAAUUUACUGACCAUGACAAUCGAUCGGUUCCAGUUGCCCAAUGGUAAUGGCGCAGGACUAACUUUAAAAGGUUCAACGUAUGAGGAUUUUUGUUCCAAAAAGCGAGGUAUCGUAACUAUUUUUAAUAAUAAUGAUAACUAUUGUCUGGCUUAUGCUAUAGCAUUGGAUAUGGCAUUUAAGGUUGAUAUGGGUGAAUUUAAAAAACUUAGAAAUGAUUUUAUUAUUUUGAAACAACGGGGGUUACAAUUAUGUAGGGAAAGUAAUGUUGAUCUUUCGAACGGGGGAACUUAUGAUCACAUUAAAAAAUUUCAAGAUAAUUUAAACGAUUUUACGAUUGUUGUGUACAGUGAUAGAAAGGGGUCCGUAACUUAUUUUGAGGGACCGCGAGACAAUAGACGUAAAACAAUAAAUUUAAUUUUAGAUAACAACCAUUAUAACCUGAUAAUAAGCUUAACAGCUGCCUUUGCUACAUCAUACUAUUGCGAGUUGUGUAAAAAACGUUAUUCAAAUAAAAAGUAUCAUCUUAAAUGUCCUUAUAUAUGCCCAAAUUGUCAUACUUCACCGCCAUGUAGAACUGAAAUGGAUCAAAUAACUUGCGAGGCAUGUAAAAGGACAUUUAGAGGUAUUGAAUGUUUAAAUAAUCACAAGGAAAAACUCUGCUCCAAAAUACAUAGAUGUGUGAAAUGUUUAAAUAGUUAUUGGACUAAAGAUAAGCAUAGAUGUGGAUACGCUUUUUGUUCAAUUUGUUUAAGUGUUAAAAAAUUAGGACAUAAUUGUUAUAUGCAGCCUCAUAAACUAUCCGAACAAACUAAAUCUUCUAUAGACAACGAUUUCCUGUUUGUAUUCUAUGAUUUUGAAUGUAUGCAGGAAAAAAAGAUGUCCAAUAACUCAUUUUUACACGAACCAAAUUUAUGCGUCGCGGAGCAGGUGUGUUCAAAAUGUAUAACGAAUGAAGAUAUCAAUAUUGAUUGUAGAAACUGUGGUAAACGUCAACAUAUUUUUUCAAAUAAUCCAGUUAGCUCCCUUAUGGAAUUUUUACAUAAAUUUGAGAAAAAGUUUAAUAUUUUUGCAAUUGGGCAUAAUAUGAAAGGUUACGAUGGUUGUUUCAUCACGAAACAUAUUUUACGAGAUGUCAAUAGAUGGAAUCCACAUUUAAUUAGAAAUGGAUGCAAAUUUGUCGCGAUUACGUGUAAUAAGAUUAAAUUUAUUGACAGCCUAAAUUACAUGCCUUUACCAUUAAGUAAACUACCAAGUGCUUUUAAAUUUGAAGAGGUUAAGGGGUAUUUUCCACACUUAUUUAAUAAAACUGAAAAUAUAAAUUAUGAAGGGCCCAUGCCUGAUGCCGAUUUUUAUAUGGCUGAUUCAAUGGAUACGGUAUCCAGAACUAAAUUUUUCAAAUGGUAUAAUGAGCAGGUAUCAAAUAACGUUUUAUUUAAUUUUAAAGAAGAGUUAGUCAAGUACUGUAUAUUAGAUGUCGCAAUUUUAAGGAAAGCAUGUAUUAAGUUUAGAGAUUGUUUUUUAAAAUCGAACAAUAUCGAUCCCUUUCAAGAAGCAACCACUAUAGCCAGUGUAUGUAAUAAAGUGUUUCGGAGGAAUUUUUUGCAACCCGAGACAAUCGGUAUUAUUCCAGUUAAUGGAUAUAGACGUGCCGAUAACCAAUCCGAAAUAGCGCUAAAGUGGUUGUUUUGGAAAGAGGCUUCACAUCCAGGGAAAAUAAUACAUGCUGGUAAUGGUCGGGAAGUUAGGUUAAAGGAAAAUAUUUUGGUUGACGGCUUUUGUGAGGCUACCAACACUGUCUUUGAAUUCGAUGGUUGUUAUUUUCAUGGGUGCGAAAAAUGUUUCCCUCACCAAACCACUUCAUUUCAGAAUAAUACUGAAGAAUAUAAUUUUAUGUUUACAAGACGCGAGUUAACUGAAGCUAAAAGGGAUCGACUUUUAAAAGCAGGGUAUAUAGUGGAAUCGUUUAGAGAAUGCGAAUUUAGGUCUUUAUUAAAAAAUAAUGAAGAAGUGAGAAGUUACAUUGAUAAUAAUUUUAAAUAUUCAGAUUUACCAUUGAAUCCAAGAGACAGUUUUUAUGGUGGUCGCACAAAUGUUACAAAAAAAUAUUAUAAAGUUUCAGAUGAAAACGAACAAAUCUGUUAUUUUGAUGUCUGCUCGUUAUAUCCAUUUAUAAAUAAAUAUGGAAAGUACCCUGUGGGGCACCCUAAAAUUCACAUCGGUGACAAAGACUGCAGAAAAUUACCAAUGAAUUCGGUAGAAGGUCUAAUUAAAUGUUCUGUGUUACCCCCUCAAACUUUAUAUCACCCUGUACUACCGUAUAAAUGUAAUAAAAAACUUACGUUUCCGUUAUGUAAAACCUGUGUGGAAACAAUGAACCAAGAGCAAUGUAUUCACACAGAUGACGAACGUAAGUUUACUGGUACCUUUGUAGCUGAUGAAUUGCGGAAAGCCAUUUCUUUAAAUUAUAAAGUCUUGGAAAUUUAUGAAAUAUGGGAGUAUAAAGUAACACAAUUCGAUCGCGUUACCAAGUCUGGCGGUUUAUUCUCUAAAUAUGUUGAUAAAUUUUUAAAAAUUAAGCAAGAGUGUAGUGGCUGGCCUAACUGGUGUACUACACAGGAAGCACGACAAGCCUAUAUUCAAGACUAUUUAGAACAUGAAAGUAUUUUGUUGGAUAUCUUAGAAAUAUCAAAUAACCCGGGUAUGAGAUUUAUCGCAAAACUCAUGUUAAAUAGUUUUUGGGGAAAAUUUGGCCAGAGACUAAACUUGAUGCAGACAAGUAUUAUUAGUGAACCCUUUAAGCUAUUUAACAUGCUUACGGACCCCUCUAUCAUUGUUAAUAAUUUGGUAAUUAUUAGUGACGAUGUUCUUCUUGCAUGCUGGAGUAAGCAUGAAGAAGCAGUAACACCAUUAAAAACUGUUAAUGUCGCUAUAGCAGCAUAUACCACGACAAUGGCGCGGUUAGAAUUGUAUUCUUAUUUAGAAAAACUCGAUCGCAGAGUCCUUUACUUUGACACAGAUAGUGUUAUAUUCACACAUAAAUCAGGUGAAUGGCUACCAGAGGUUGGCGAUUACUUGGGAAUGCUAACCGAUGAAUUAUCUGAAUAUGGUCCGGGUAGUAAGAUUACUGAAUUUGUAAGUGGGGGCCCUAAAAAUUAUGCUUACAAAGUAUAUUGUGCGGAUAAAAAUGAAUAUAAGACUAUCUGUAAAGUAAAGGGUAUAACGCUUAAUCAUAAAAAUACUCAGUCCGUAAAUUUUGAUGAACUAAAAGCCCAGGUAUGUGAUAAUGCUGAAGCGAUAUAUGUCCACAACAGUCGUAAAAUUUGUAUUACGGCAAAUUAUAACGUUAUAUCGCGAUCCGAGAAUAAAAUUUAUCGUACAUGCUAUACCAAAAGACAACGGAUUGAAAAUAGUUACGAUACUGUGCCUUACGGAUACAAUGACCCUUUGAUAAACCAAAACGUUUUGGUUUAUCAUCAAGAACCCCCUCAGCCUGUGGAACCCCCUCAACCAGAAGAAGAAGCCUCUCGGUCCUGCGAGCCUCCUCCGUUGGAAGAAGACAUACUGCUAAAUGAACUCCUCUUUUGGAUGAAAGGUUAG